AAAGCUAACUCUACACGACAAUGACCAGAUUGGGGUGUUUGCCGUUUGGUUGGGCUGGUUGGUUACAUGUAUGCUCACUCGGUGGUUGCCAGUGUUAGUGGUAGCAUUGCUCAGUCUGAUACAUAUUCCGGAUAACCGCAAAUUCAUUUUCAGUCCUUGGCUCGAAUAUCCCGCAUGAAGCACUCGCAGCAAAAUCGUCGCAAUCUGAAAAGAACAUGUUCGCAAUUUAAAAAAGCAUCACUUAUAAAAAUCAGCAGAAAGUGUAUCGAAACAUCAACUUGCCAGAGCUUAAUUGUAUGGGUGGUAGCAAUAAAUUAAUAAAUAAAUAAAAGUGCAAGACCCGCAAAGAGGAAUACGAGUUAACAAAACAAUUGAAAGUGGUGGUAAUCCUGAAGAGAUAUUUUCUGUAUAAGCCUGCACUGGUGAUUUAUCCAGAACUUCGUUGCACUGGCAGGAACACAAAUGCUAUGCCGACAGUCUCUGCGGUAAUUCAGAAUCGUCAGACGCAGCUAAGACAAAGUUCUUCGCCGAAUUUGCAUAUGUCAAGUCCCUUUAAACAGUCAAACUCGUUGACUGCAAACAGCAAAUUUAAGGCAAUGGCAACAUCAAAUCAGACGACACUCCAACAAAACAAUACAGCUGCCAUCAACAUGAGCAACAAUGACCAUAUAAAACGGCCAAUGAACGCUUUUAUGGUGUGGUCGAGAGGACAACGACGUAAAAUGGCUCAAGAUAACCCAAAAAUGCAUAACUCCGAAAUUUCGAAACGACUGGGUGCAGAAUGGAAACUUCUCACCGAAACUGAAAAGCGGCCAUUCAUUGACGAAGCAAAACGCUUAAGGGCACUACAUAUGAAAGAGCAUCCCGAUUACAAAUACCGGCCAAGACGAAAACCGAAAACUCUAAAUAAAUCGCCAAUACCGGCAACGAACAGUUCCAAUGGCAAUGGUGGUGGCCAAGCACACCAUGAAUCCAAUGUGAAUGGGUCUAACAAUCACUCUUUGCAUAACCAUCAGCGAAGCAGUCAUCAAAGCAGCUUGACUUCAACGACCUUAGCUGGACAUAAGUAUAAUUUUGGAUCGCCCCUGGAACUCACGCUUAACAUGCCCCCAAGGCUUUCGAAUACUUUUCCAGCAUCUCUUUCGCACUACCCCCUGGAUCCUACAAUAGCUCUUGACUUGCAAGCCCGCCUCCAGGCCAUGUACGCUGGAAGUUUGUAUCAUCCAUGGCGCUAUUUCGGAUGCACGCCCCUCAUUAGUCCAGAGACUCCGCCUUCUCCGCCCAGUAGCAAUAGUACCGGCGUUUCCUCCUACGGAUGCAUUAAAUCUGCAAAGUCGUCUCCAACUUUAACAAUUGCUACAGCUACGACGCCCACAAAUAUUAUUUGACCAACUCCAUUGCGUUUCGGAGCCGCUGAACCUGCCGUUUAAUUUCCAUUCUCGCACACAGUUAAUGAGGAUUAUUACAACCCCAAGUCAAAUUCGUCAAUAGAAUUUCGCCAUCAACUCGUUUCUUUGACUCGCUAGAUAACGCAACGCUUCCCAAAUAUAUUUGAACAUAUGUAUCGGUUUUUCUUUACACAAAUCACAAACCACCAGACAGUAGUUUCGACCAAGGACCUCACUUAAAACAAAUGUUGAUAUGGUUUUGCACAAUGUGGUAACGUCGAACCAACUUUUUGACGUUAACGUAUACAUACUUUUCAGCGAAUACACGAGUUUCGCCUGCACCAAAAGGUGAACAUCACAAAACUGUAGCUCAGUGCAUACCUGUCUGCAAAUUAAAGCGAAAUGUUUGUGAAUAAAUAAUAUUUUAUAAAAGCAAAGUUAUAAGGCUGUAAAUUUCCAGCUUAAACUUAAUUUCCGAAUGCAAGCAAUUUGAAACGUUUCCCAAGACAAUUUAUUAGAAUAAACAAUCUUGUGAGUUAGAAUGAAAUUGUGUGACUGGGGUAUCAAGCUUAAAGCGCAACUCCCGAAGAACAUCGCAAAACAUUUAAUUUUUUAAACAUAUCCAUAACAUAAACCGAGAAACGCGAAUAUGAAGAUCAUUUUGGGGCACGGACCUUAAAAGAACACAAAAUACGAACAUGAAAAAAAUGGAUGAAUAAGUGGACCACGGAGAAGAUUGAACAUUUUGCAUAGAAACUCAAAAAAAUAUAAACAAGUUAAAGCGUAGGAAGUUCCGCUAGGCUGAAUGUUAUAUUUACUCCACCAUGAAUCGCGUCUGUCGAGAUCUUGUCACCGCUUCUCUUCAUAGGCAGAAACUAAAACGGGCAAGAAAUCCCCAUGGGUUUCUCAUAUAUGUUUGGAUUAGAAUUACUGACUAUAGGUGCUCAAAAUGACAAUUCGAGAGCAUGGUUUAUAUGCAACCUAUACCCGGUUAUGGAACGAUUUGAAACAUACAUUGAAACGACAUUGAGGCUCAUAGCAGAAGUCGUCGUGUAAAAAUUCAGCAAAAACGUAUUCGAAUUGCGCCUUCUAAAGGUCCAAGAAGUACCAUCGGGUGUUGGUUUAUAUGCAAAAUUGGCAAAUUUGGUCACGAACAUUCCAUAAAGAACAGCGGAGAUUCUUCUCUCCUGAAGCUAUAUCAGGAUAUUGUCCGAUUCGGACGACAGCUUUUUAAGAUCAUGGGGGAAGUCAUCGUACACGAAUUCAGCCAAAUCGGAUGAGAAUGACGCCCUUUAUUAUAUGGGAACAAUAUAAGAUUAUGUAUAGGUUCGAACCAUAGUUGAGAUAGAUGUUGGAGGCUUUAAGGGAAGUCGUCACGCAAAAUUGAAAAUAAGCUCACCCUCUAGAGGCUCAAGAAUAUAAUCGAGAAAACUGUGUAUAUAGGAGCUAUACCUAAACAUGGAUAGUUUAGGACCAUUUACAAUACCAACCGACCCACAUCAACAAGAAGUAGUUGUGCAAAAAUUACAGCCGCCAGAUUAAAUCAUUCGAAUGUUAGCGUGCUUUCGGCACGAGCCAAAAGGUUUUUCAUGAUAAAAUAUGCAGACGCACAGAAAAGUCUGUAUACUCCACUCAAAAAAUAUGGUUUAUAGAACGAAAUUUGCGUACGAACAAGAUUUUCCGCCAAAAAUCGAAUGUUGUUAAAAUUGUUCACCAUGGCCACCUGUGUUAUAGUUAGUAGAGAUUUAUUGAGCAAAACAUAUCCUAAUUACGUAAAUGACUGUUGGCAUUUACGAAAAGGUAUGUGGACUUAUCUGUGCCACUGUAUAUGUAUACUUUUUGGGGUCUUAGGCCAACGAUGGUGUUUGAAUAACGAAGAAAGUGUGGGGUAUAAAAAUAUCAUAAAAUUAAAACAAAUUCUCUCACUUAUUCAUGCUUAUUAUAUCGCGAAAUAAAAACAUUUAUCGAAAGUCAAACACAAAGUUGUCAGUUCCCUGAGAACACCUUAUAUUCGCGUUCUUGGCGUCAUUUUAUGCGUUAGGCAAAAAUGAAAAUACAUAUCUCUGUAAAAUGCAUUUUGCCGAAGUAUCAUAAAUUUCGGAAGUAAAAUCUAUCCUCAAGUCUCCACAAAUCGAAUAACAAAACAAAAAGAAAUAAUUUAUUUCAAAAUUGUUAUUGUUAAAGAUGCUAUUGCACGACAUGUGCUGUCUCCUUCUGCAUUUACAUGACUUUCCUUGUGUGCGUCAAAUGCUUCUUUUAAUAGACGUGAAAUCGAUGAAAUAAGAGCUCGCUUUAAUGUAAAAAAAUUGCAUAUAUAUUCCAAAAUCCAUUUUCAUUUUUAAUGUUUCAUCCGUAUCACACGAUGCGUUCAACUUUCAGAGUUGAGGCAUAAAAAAACAUAUAAGAAUUCAUAUCGUCUAAUACCUCCUUAAGCGCGGUUUUGUACAGAUGUUUUAAUCAAAAAUAUUUCCUUCCACUGGGUUGGUUGUCUUUGCUGUUUUUGUGUGUGUGUGUUUUGUUGUUGUUUUAGUUUUAUAAUUUUAAAAUAUGGCGGCGGCAACGCAUGACUUGCUUUAUAUUAACAAAAUAUGUAUAACAAGCGGCUUUUAUCGCCUCAUGCCAAACAUUUCCAUCAGUUCGUAAAAAUCUUACCGACCCCGGGAUUCUCUCAUGUUUUGCGGUCAAAAAUGUCAUUGUAGUAUGCACCCACAUCCAUAGUUUUCAAGCUUUGCAACACCAAUCCGGCGUACUAACAUUAAAAUAUAUGCUAUGUUAAGAAACUUUGAAAAUAUGUACUCGCAACGUGAUUUUCUUGCAACAAUUUCUUGAAACCAUGACAAAACAAUCAAACAAAUUUAAUGCAGAAUUAAUUUCAAAUUUCAUCAAAUCGUUGGUGGCGUGCAGUGAUAGUUGUUUUUGUGAUGAAUUUUGCUGAGUUAAGAUGUGUACUCUUGAAAUGUAUUUUAAUUAACCACUGCGCGAGCAUAUGCCAAAAUCUCUUGGCCAAAGAUGAAUAUUUAUAUUUAGGUAUGUCGGACAUCUGUGUGUGUGUGUCUGUGCGUAUGUGUGUAAGAAAAAGAAAGCCAUAUGUAUUUUUGCAUUUGUACAUGUCCAAAUUGAUAUUGCCAAAUUUGUAACUUAGCCAAGAUCUGCAUAUGUAUGUAAGAUUGUAUUAUAUACCAUUUUUGU